AUGAAGGGUUCCCUACAGUUGCAACAGGUUAACUCGGUGGCUGUCAAGCCCACAGGCCAUAGCGGGGAAGAAACGCAAUGGCGCUGUGAUCGAAUCGCCGCUCCCUGGGGCCCUACUACGUCUGGACCGGAUGCAGAAUGGCUGUUUCGCAAAGAAUUUGAAGUACAACCUUGCGCGCAGGCCAAACUUUCAAUCACUGCCCAGGGAGUCUAUGAGGCAGAGAUCAAUGGCCACCGUGUUGGAGACCACUUCAUGGCCCCGGGAUGGACAGCUUAUGAUGGCAGACUACAAUACCAGACAUACGAUGUCACAUCACUGCUGUCCGCAGGGAGGAAUUGUAUUGGAGUUCGUGUUGCUGAAGGCUGGUUUUGUGGACGUAUUGGCUUUGAAGGUGGCCACCGGAACAUCUGGGGACCUCAUCCAGCCUUGAUGGGCCAGCUCGAAAUCUACUAUCCCAAUGCCAUUGUUGAAACCAUACCUACAGACAGUACUUGGUUGGUGACAAAAGGUCCUAUCCGGCGGGCAGAGAUAUAUAACGGAGAAAAAUACGACGCGACUCACGAGGUCCCGUACUGGUCGACAUUUGCGCCUGAGGGGGCUACCAAUAGUGCUCAUGAUUGGGUGCCCGUUCUUUGCAUGCCUCCUUUGCCGGCGCAAAUCGAGGUCGUGACUGGAAUUGGAGAGCCAGUCAGGCGAACUGAAACUAUUAUGCCACUUCAAUAUAUCCGGUCGCCGUCUGGAAAAUCAAUCAUCGACUUUGGUCAGAACCUGGUUGGAUACAUCAGACUGAGAAACAUCAAAGGUCGUCGCGGCCAUAAGAUCACCUUAUCUCACGCUGAAGUUUUGGAAGAUCAAGAGCUAUGCACCAGGCCACUUCGUGAAUGUGAUUCUGUGGACGAAUAUAUUCUGAGAGGUGACGAGAACGGCGAGAGCUAUGAGCCACGAUUCACAUUCCACGGAUUUCGAUAUGCCCAGAUCGACGGGUGGGGAGGCGACUUCAGCUUGAUGGACUCAGUCGAGGCGGUUGUAUGUCAUACAGAUAUGAAAGAAGCCGGCUCGUUCUCAUGUUCCGACGAGUUGCUCAAUCAGCUAUACCAAAAUAUCCGUUGGGGAAUGAAGGGGAACUUCCUCGCUGUGCCAACCGACUGUCCUCAGCGAGACGAGCGAUUGGGCUGGUCUGGGGACCUCGCUCUCUUCGCUCCUACAGCAGUUUUGUUGUUCCACUGUUUCGACUUUCUCAGGAAUUGGCUUAUCGAUGUUUGGCAUGACCAACAGGUUCUGGACGGUGUUCCCGCCAUGGUUACCCCCAAUGCUACACUCCCAGAUCCAGUUUGGUGUCGCCGAAAGCCUUGUGCCAUAUGGCAUGAUGUUACAAUUCUGGCACCGUGGGCCCUUUACGAAGAGACGGGCAGUGUCGAGAUUCUUGAAAAACAGUACGAGAGCAUGACAACUUGGAUGAAGAUACUACCCAGAAACAGGGAAGGUUGCACUCAUCUAUGGGAUACUAGUAUCUUCCAGCUGGGGGACUGGUUAGAUCCGGAUGCUCCAGCUGACGCACCCUGGAAGGGCAAGACUGACGCACAACUUGUGGCAAAUGCAUUUUUAAUUCACAGCUUAGAGCUUAUGGCCCAAAUCGCUGACCUUCUCCACAAAGAUGAAGACAGGCUGAGUUAUGAAAAAGAGUCCCGAGCGGCCAAGAAAGAAUUCCAAGAGGAAUAUGUGACCACUAACGGCCGCCUUGUAUCCGACAGCCAAGCAGCCUACUCCAUCGCGAUCUGUUUCGGUCUCUUGACGCCCGCACAACAAGAGCGAGCUGGGAGUCGCCUGGUCUAUCUUGUGAAGAAGAACAACUUUCGAAUCGGCACAGGGUUUGCCGGAACACCAUUCCUGUGCGAAGCCCUUGUCUUGACAGGGCAUAUUCAAGUCGCUUAUGCAAUGCUUCUUGAAAAGACUUGUCCUUCCUGGUUGUACCCAGUGACCAUGGGAGCUACUACUAUGUGGGAACGGUGGGAUAGCAUGCUUCCAGACGGGAGAGUCAACCCUGGAAAAAUGACUUCCUUCAAUCAUUAUGCGUUUGGCUCGAUCGCCAAGUUUUUGUUUGAUAGAGUCGCGGGUUUACAGAGGACCGGACCUGGCUGGAAGAAGUGCCGCAUCGCGCCGUGCAUAGGCGCUGAACUCUCGGGGGCCUCGGCUUCCCAUGAGACUCCCAUGGGCCUUGUUUCCUGUUCGUGGAAGACAUCGAAUUUGUCUGAGAAGCAAAGCAGCCUAGAGUUGAAAGUCACUGUCCCAUACGGCAUGGCCUGUGAGAUUAUUCUGCCAAAGGGCUCGGGAGAGCUGCAGAAGACUGUUGGCUCUGGAGAGUGGACAUUUGAGACAAUCUUUGUACGAGACUACGAGUGGCCUCUCAAUCCUUUACCUCCAAAAUCAUGA